CCAUCCAAUUCUCUACGCGCGCUCACCAUACCUCUUUCUCGUGCGGCUGACGCAUCUCCUUCUCGUUUUCCUAGGUCCUGCAGAGAACGCUACCGAACAAACUGAAGAAAAACCCGACGUCGAAAUGACGGACGAUGCCGCUCCAGCUGAGCCUGCACCGCAGGCUGCCGACGCUUCUGAGGCAGCAGAGCCGGAGCAGGCCGAGCAGACCGAGCAGGCUGAGCAGGCUGAGCAGGCGGAGUCUGCCGCGGCCGGUGCCGACAAGUCCAAGUCCAAGCGCAAGUCAAUUGGCGGUGGUGACACAAAGGGCAAGAAGCUGAACAAAAAAGCGUCCAAGCCGCGUAUGCUGCAUCUGGACGCCAAGCCGGGCGAUCACUUCUUCGUGAAGCUCAAGGGCUUUCCGCAAUGGCCUGUCAUCAUCUGCGACGAGGACAUGCUUCCAGCCUCGCUCCUCAAGACUCGGCCCGUCACUGCGAAGCGCGCUGAUGGCACCUACCGCGAGGACUACGCCGACGGCGGCAAGAAGGUUGCGGACCGGACAUUCCCCGUCAUGUACCUGCACACCAACGAAUUUGGGUGGGUGUGCAACACGGACCUGAUCGAGCUUGAUCCCUCGACCGUCUUGGACGUUAAGCUGGACAAGAUGCGGAAGCCUCUCCAGGCUGCUCACCAGCUGGCGGCGGAGCAGCAUCCGCUGUCGUACUACAAGGAAGUGCUGCAAAAUUACCAAGAAGAGCUCAUUGAGAAGGAGAAGGCCAAGGCGGCAAAGGCCGCCACGCCCAAGGGCAAGAAAUCCAAGGCUGCGAGCCAGGAGGACGAGGACGUCGAGAUGGAGGAUGCCCCCGACGUCGAGACGCCCGCCAAGGACAAGAAGGCCAAGAAGAGGAAGGCCGAGGACAGUGCCGAGACGCCCCAGCGCUCAGAUUCGGUGAAGAAGCCCAAGAUCAAGUUGACAACGAGCGCGACUCCGAAGGCGGCCAACGGCGGCGCUGCGUCUACGCCAAAGUCCGGCAAAGCCGGCGAGUCCAAGAGCGCCAAGGCCAAGUCCAAGAAAGCAAAGGAGGAGGGUGACAAGGAAGUUGAGAAGGAAGCCCCGGCUCCCAAGGAACCGGAACUCUCGGCUGAGGACAAGCACGCUCGGAAAAAGAAGGAGGUUCUGUUCCUUCGGCACAAGCUUCAGAAGGGCCUCCUGACCCGGGACCAGGAGCCCAAGGAGGAGGAGAUGAAGCUCAUGUCGGACUACAUCACGAAACUCGAAGGGUUCCCCGACCUGGAAGUCAGCAUCAUCAGGGCGACUAAGAUCAACAAGGUCCUGAAGGCGAUCCUGAAGCUGGAGCACAUUCCGAAGGAGGAGGAGUUCAAGUUCAAGCCGCGCUCGCAGGUUCUGCUGGACAAGUGGAACAAGCUCCUGGCUGUCGAAGGGGCGCCGGCAGCUCCCGCCGCCGAAGUCAAUGGCACGUCCAAGGCCCCUACUCAGGCUAACGGCGUGAAGGAGAAGAGCGAGGCAGCGGAGCCUCCGAAGGCCAAGGAGGAGACCGAUGAGGGAGCCAAAAGCGAGCCGCAGGAUACCAAAACAAAGUCCGAAAAGGAGCCCGAGGGCGAGGUCAAGGAGGCGCCGAAGGCGGCAACGAAGCCUGUGGAGGGGUCUGAGGCGGCAGAGAAGCCGGCUGCUGAACAGGUGAGACUCUGACUCGAAACGCGCGGCUCAUUUCUCUCGCGGCAUCAAUGUCCUGACGAGCUU